AUGAACCUCCCAACCAGCAGGAGCUUCGUUGAUCGUCUGAUCACCGAACUAGCCAGCUUCCAAUCUCCAUUAACGGGGAUCCCCAUCUCUGGAGCAGAUCAGUCCAGAGUUCCGACAUCAAUAAAUCCCUUCACGGGUCUACCUCCAUCACAACUGGCCCAAGUGAAGCCCAUAGUGCUUACCCUCCACUGCCUGUUUCCAAACGACCUCCUCCCAGCAUUAGACAUCCUUGACCGCCGACUUGUGCAUCGUCUCAUUUGCAAAGGAGGAAGCACCACCGCAGGUGUCCUUGGCCUAGACCACGCCAUGCCUGCAGAUGAACGCACCCAUGAAACGACAAACAACCCCCUCGACCCCAAAUCUGCAGCACCACAAAGUAUUUUCCUUGUGACAUCUGCGUCAUCCACCCCACUGCACACCCACCCAGUUGGAGCUGGAGCUCCAUCCAAAACAGCGUCUACGCAAGAACCAGACAAGGGCUACGAAGUUCGCCUACACUCGUGGAACUGUACGUGCCCCACCUUCGCACUCUCUGCAUUCAAGGAUCUAGACUCGAGACGGGACGGCCAGUCCCCUCAGUACUCUCAUGAAAUUUCGAUGCCGAUGUCAAGGUCGGCGUUGCAUGACCGCGGGGGCCGGGAUGAACCUGUUAUUUACCCUUUUGGUGGGACACUCACGCGUGAUACAGACAGAGGGUCGCCGCCAGUCUGUAAGCAUAUUCUCGCUUGUAUUUUGUUUGCUCGGUGCCCGGGGCUCUUUGGAGAGCAUGGCGAUGGCAAACGGAUGGUUUCUAUGGAGGAGAUGGCAGGCUGGUGUGCUGGGUGGGGAGGUUGA